AUGGCAGCAGCACCCAAACUCAUGCAGAAGACUCAUCCAAUCUCUGUGAGAUGAGAUCCCAGCAACCCCACCUAUGGACUCUGACAGUCUAUCUUGAACACCAGGCUUCAGGACUGCUAUGUGGACUCGCCAGCUCUCACCAACAUCUGGACAACCAGAAAGUGUGCAAAGCAGAACAUCAAUGCUCCUGUACCAGGUACCACCUCUUCUUGGGAAGUUGUAAAGAACCCAUUAAUUGCCAGUUCCUUCUCCCUGGUUAGACUUUUGCUCAGGCGACAACUGAAGGAGAAAUGCUGCCCAGUACCACGCAAGUUUGGAGAUGCGAAACCCUCAAAGAGAUUAAAGCCCAAGGACGAUUCAGCAACGAAAGCCGCCCAUAAAGAAAGUUCAAAGGAGAAAAAAGGAACACUCUGCCAAGAUCUUGAGAGCAGAUAUGCUGAACAUGUGGCUGCCUCCCAAGUGCUACCCCGGGACAUUGGGACAGUGUCCUGGAAGGGCCGACUCACCUCACUUCCGGAAACCAGGAAGAGACAGCAGCUGUCGGAGGAUGCAUUAACCACCCAUGGCCUCUGCACAGAGGGCCACUGGGCUCUGCACCACACGGUGGUGGAGCCAAUGCUGUGGAACCCUUCAGGGACCCCCGAGAGGUACACUUAGGAGCUGGGCAAGGCCAUCAAAACAAAGCCCUGUGAGGCUCUUUGCAGCCAGGCUGCCACCCCUGAAGGUGCUCAGAAGGACCCACUGCCAGGCAGGAAGAGGCCAGAGGUCCACGAGGAGCAUGCUCCCAAGAAAUGGCCCAAGUCAAAGAGCGAGAAAUAG